GGAGAGGUGGCUUGGAAAGAAGCCUCCAGUGGACAUGCUUCGAGUGUUCGGAUGCAUGGCAGUAGCGCAUGUCCCUAAACCGUACAGGACAAAGCUUGGAGCAUCUGCACUUUGGUGUGUGCACCUUGGGCUUGCGGCAGAGAGCAAGAGAAUGGCAACGAGAAAGCUGCUGAGCUCCACAAGUGGAGGAGCCACAACUGAGCAGCAGGAACAGGCUCAAGGCGAAGAUGCAGUGCUGUUCUUGGGUGAUGACCAAGACUUGGAGAAGGAAAGGUGUUCCUUUCCUGUUUUGCUGAUGCCACGUGGGCUUCUGAGCAUGAGGAUUCAUCAUCAGUUGGUGGAUACAUCUGCAUGGUGGGAGGUGGGCCUGUGAGUUGGAGGUCCAAGAAGCAGUCUGAGACGGCACUAUCUUCAGUGGAAUCUGAGUACAUGGCGAUGUUUCAUGCGGCAAAAGAAAUCAUCUGGCUAAGGAGGCUCUUGAAGGAGAUCGGCCAUGAACAGACUUGUGC